GCUUUGAAGCGGCUGGGCUGAGCGGCUUUCCCCUCAGUACCGGCUCACCUCUCGUCGCCGACGUCAAGGACCGGAUCGGAUCGUUCACAGGACACUGGCUGGGUACCGACUGGCCCCGAUGGCGCACAGGAUUGUCCUCUUGGUUUCCCUCUGCGCAGUUGUGCAGGGGAUUGAGAGCAAGCUUACUUCUGUGCAAGAGUGCUGUAACGCUGGCAGGGAGAUAGCCUUGAGGGAGCAGGACUGUACAGCCCUUCCACGGUUCAACUCCCACAUCUGCAGCAUUGCCCAGGAGCACUGCUGCCGAUCCGUAGCAAGAAAGCGAGCCUGCGACAAGGGCAUUAAGAUGGGCCGUAGCCGUCGGGCCUGUGAGAGGCCCUUCUUCGCCGGAUCUGACUGGGAAACCCAAGUUUCACAGACAUGCUGCGACUGCUGCACGCUCGGCCUGAAGAUGGAAAGCGUGGGCUUCAGCUGCGAUUUCCAGGACCUGCAGCUGGACAAGCUGUGCUCUAACGCCGCUAAGGUCUGCUGCGAGAAACCCAAGGGGAUCUAUCCAUCUGCUAAAGCGCCAGAAGAGACGAAAACGUUUACAGCCAAGUCUCCAGAGGAAGAAAAUACCUGCAGAGAGCUCAGCUGCUCCCAGCUGUGUGUAGCUAACGCUAGAUGUGACUGCUACGACGGCUUUCAGCUGCAAAGGGAUGGAGUGACGUGUGAGGACAUCAACGAGUGUCAGACGGGCAGUCACAACUGCACCGCUGAGCAGGUUUGCAUCAACACGGAGGGCUCGUUUCGCUGCCAGCUCAGCUGUCACCCGGGAUUCAAACUCAUGGACAACGUCGUUUGCAAAGACAUAGAUGAGUGCGCUUUAGGGAGCCAUGACUGUGGGGCGAACUAUUUUUGCGUCAACACAGCCGGCUCGUUCCACUGUGAGCCGAAGGCGGCGUGCAGAGACGGCUACGCCCGGGAUGCCGCUGGCAGCUGCGUCGAUGUUGACGAGUGUCAGGUCCUUACCAAUCCAUGCCGGCACGGAGAGAGCUGCGUCAAUACCGCGGGCUCCUACAGCUGCCGCCGGACCACCGUCCCCUGUCCGCAGGGGUAUCAUCCAACCGCGGAUGGGACGCGCUGCGAAGAUAUCGACGAGUGCAAGUAUUACACGUGGCGACUCUGCGCGCACGUCUGCGAGAACACGGAGGGGUCUUACCAAUGCAGGUGCUUAUCUGGCUUCAGGCUGACUCCGGAUGGCAGGAACUGUGACGACAUCAACGAGUGUCUGACUGGGCGUCACGACUGCGCCGCCGGUCAGGUUUGCAUCAAUACCGAGGGCUCGUUUCACUGCCGGAGCCAAACCAGCUGUGACGUCGGCUAUAAACUCACAGACCACGCUUGCCAAGACAUUGAUGAGUGUGCUCUGGGGAGCCACAACUGUGGAGCGAACUACGCUUGCGUCAACACGGCCGGCUCGUUCUACUGCAAGCCCAAGGUGGUGUGCGCAGACGGCUACGCUCCGGAUGCAGCCGGCAACUGUAUCGACGCCGACGAGUGCUCGGGCCGCAGCAAUCCGUGCCAGCCGGGCCAGACGUGCAUCAACACGCCGGGCUCCUACAGCUGUCACACCAACAGGGUGACAUGUCCACGAGGGUUUCACCUCAGCGUGAACGGCACACAGUGCGAAGACGUGGAUGAGUGUCUCAUUGGCGACAAGUGUGGCAGCCAUGUCUGUGUCAACCUGGAAGGAUCGUACCGCUGCGAGUGCAGAGAUGGAUACAUGUUCAACCGUGUCAGCAAAUUGUGCGAAGAUAUCAACGAGUGCACCCAUUACCCGGGGCGACUCUGCGCCCACAGGUGCGAGAACACGGAGGGGUCUUACCGAUGCAGCUGCGCAACCGGGUUUAAAUUAGCCUUUGAUGGCAGGGAGUGCGAAGAUAUUAACGAGUGCGAGGACAAACCCUGCAGCCAGGAAUGCACCAACGUCCACGGUUCAUACCAGUGCUACUGCCACCGCGGUUACCAGCUGAAUGAUUUGGAUGGGAUCACAUGCGAAGACAUUGAUGAAUGUAUGAUGCCAAAUGUAUGUUCCUACCGAUGUCUCAACACUCCCGGUGGUUUUAACUGCACCUGCCCCACCAGCGGUUACACACUCGCGCAUGACGGGCGUACUUGUCAGGACAUCGAUGAAUGUGCCACAGGAGCUCACUCCUGUUCUGCCGCGGAGACCUGCUUCAAUGUCCAGGGAGGGUUUCGCUGUCUGUUCUUUGAAUGUCCCGCAAACUUCAGGCGAACAGAAAAAGGAUCCGCUGGUAACGCCUCAGCCGUGGUGCGUUGCAUCAAAACCUGCCCGGAUCACAACGCCGACUGCGCCCGCGACCCCGUCCACAUCAUCACCUCCACGGCCCUGUCUCUGCCGACCUUCCGGCACGUAGAGGAGCCAGAGGAGAUCGUUUUACUGCGGACGUCCGUGGAAGCGAAACCGGAUCUGCUCCCAGAUGAGCCUGACGUGCUCUUUGACUUAUUAGCCACGGACGAACUGAACUCUUUUGAAGUGAUAAAGCGGACACAAAACGGCAUGAUUGUUGGGGUAAUCCGCCAGAUCAAGGCUGUAAUGGGUCCGAAGGAGCUCGUGCUGGAGGUGACCAUGCAGUAUGUCCAGUCUGGGGUUGUUUCGCAGCAAAACAUCGUCCUUAUCCACGUCUUCAUCUCUAAAUUCUGGUUCUGAAAAAAAAAAGGAAUGUGAAUAGUUUGUAGAUAAUUCUACAGGGGGAAAAAAAAGGGAAUAAUUGUGACGAGUGAUCUAAACGUAUCGACAAAGGUACCUACGGGUGCAUUUCAGUUUGUGUGGAGGUUGUUCUCAUACAUUGAAUUCAGUUACAGUUACGUUGAUAGUAGCCAGUGCAGGUUGCUGAUGAUGGAAAAGGAGGAGAUUUAAUGCUGCCAACAAGUCUUCAGCCUCUGUGAGGUUGUAUGUAUAAAGUGCACGGUUUAGGUUUCAUGUCAGUUAUUUUGCAAAGAGGAUACUCUCCCUGAGCAGAAAUAGCUCUUUCACGACAGAUAAUACUAGAAUAUUACAUUUCGUCAGGAUACAUUUUACUACUUUUGUGAUUCCUGGGUGGUUAAAUUUUGGGUACGAAUUUAAACCCAACACCAAUGAAAGGUGUUCUGAUGGUUUUGCCUCAUUCUUUCGUGUUUUGCACCAACCAUAUGUCAAUUUGGACCUGCUUUGAUAACCAAUGAUUUUCGAGUCAUUUUCUACAACCAGUCUACAGUUAGCAAAGUGGGAAUGAAAUUAUUUUUACAUGAGAUUUCAGUCUGUCCGUGACCUUUUGUCUUGCUAGAUUGUAAAAACACUUCAGUAGAAAUAAAAAUAAACAGAUAUGCCAUGGUUUUAGUGUGAAAUGAUGGGUGUUAAAUGCUUUGUUUAUACAAAAUGGGGCUAUGAGUUGAUGAAGGUUUGAAUUGACCUGGAGCCUGAGCCUGAAAAUAGAAGUUUUACUGUAAUCUUGUUCAUUGCAGUGGAAAUGUUUUCCUCUAUAGUAUUAUUAUAAUUUUUUUUUAAAUACUUUCUACAACAGAAAAAAAAUGUCUGUCUUGACUAACAAAGUCUAGAUAAGGAUCUUUAUUGAACUGGAUGACACACAGUUGUCCAAUUUUCACCAUAACUUCUCUAAUGAGAAUGAUUUAAUAUCUUUAUUAAACCUAUUAUCACUACAUGUCAGACAACAGAAACUUGACCUAAUACAAAAUAUGGAAAGUUUUUCGUAGUAAAAUAUUUCUUUUUAAAAGUUUAUAUUUUUGUAGAUAUUUAUGUCUAGUUUCUUGUCCAGUCUAGUCAAAAGUAUCUAAAAAGAAAACUGCUAAAUUAUGAGGUUUGCUAACCUUUUUUUUUUUUUUUCCGAUUUUUGUUAGCUUUCAUCUGAUGCCAGACGUCUGUGUUUACUGGCUUGUAUUUAUCAGAAAUAAUCAUCUUUUGUACUGAAAUCUUGUGAAACCAUUUGUGGAUAAUAAAAA